CUGCGUGGUCAAUAAACUCCACCAUGCCACUGCACGGAACCAUGAGCCACACAGCCCAUUCCAAGAAGAAAGCAAUGGACCCGUCCAAGCUGAGCCGAUACGUCGACAGCCCAUCGUCGUUCAACUUUGAUGGACAAUGCCGCCCAGCGACACACUUGGGCACCAUGCACCGAUCGUGGAACGGGGAGAACUGCGAUAGCACUGCUUUCUCGAGGUUAAGCACGAGUGCCAAGGUCGUUCUGUUGGAAAACGACAGCAUCCAAGCCACCGUGUUGGGCACAACGCCGCUCUUCAAUCCGAACGCACGCAUCAGGUGUCUCGAGUCUGAAAUCAUGGCCAACGCUGGGACGCCGCAAGCUGGCAUGCACAUGAUGCUCUUGUCCCACGAAGCUUUGGACAACAGCACGCAAGUGGCGACUGCGAAAGUCGGAUACGCUCGGGUGGCGUCGGCAGGGCUCCAAGAAGGCAUCAUGACCCCGUCCCAGCGUCGCGAGCGGCUGUUCUUGGACACGGCGUCCCAGCAAGCCAACGCCGUCAAGAAAACGGCGGAGAUGAAGGAGCGCCGGCUGACCCAAAUCAUGCAACAUCGAUACCGAUGUGGGGUGUUGGGGCUGGACGGGCCAACGAAUUCAGAAUCCGUGACAUAUGCAACAUCGGCAGCGAACAUUGACAAGAAACGCAGCCACGACGAGCGCCAGCAUCACUCCCGUGAGGAACAUCUGCAGCGACACAUGUCCAUCAUUCCGGCGUUGGGGUACUCGUACUUGUCGCACGACAUGGCUGUCAAGCCGCCCCAUGUGACCAAAGUGUGCCAAGAAAAGAUCAAACUGCACGGAAAGCACCCAGACACCCACCUCCGCAUUUUCAACGAAACCCCCCCGGUGUGGCAUACUGAACGGGCACAACACUUGCGGGACCAAGGCCAAGCAGGCCGGCCGUACGACAUUGUCAACAAGGCUCGGAUCGAACACUUCCCACCAAGCAUACGGGAAAAGGAGCAUCCCCGCCAAGCACAUCCGUCCAUGGCUAUCCACUCGAUUUACAAACGCGACUAAAACUUCGUUAUACUAUACUAGUAUUGUCUAUACACUUACUCCAUGCCUACUCGUUGCAAUACGAGUAUUGGAUUUGCGAUAACGUUACUAGUACAACCGCC